CACAUACGCGCGCACACUCUCACGAGCGCACUCAGAUUAUAUUUGUGAGAGAACGCAGAGAGAAACAGUUGAUGCCGGAGCUGCAUGCUGGAUGUUUCUGACAAACACCGGUAACAACUAACAGACUGGUGAUCUGAAGAAUCUGAGCUGCAGCAAAAUCAACUGUGAGGAUGUAUUGAUCAGGCUGCAGAGCCCUGAAGACUAACAUUUACAGACAUGAUCCUUUAUUUUUGAGGAACUGACCAAUCAGCAGCCAGGAUGAUGCCCAAGCAGCUGGCUCAGACGUCUCCAGGGAGUGUGUUGUCGCUGAGAGGGCCCAGCGUCCCAGGGUCCCCUGCAGCCGCCAUUGUGGUCAGAGUGGAGGACGGGGUUAUCGGCUAUAAGGAUUUGGCAGCGUUACCAAAAGACAAAGCCAUCCUGGAUAUAGAGAGACCAGAUCUGAUGAUCUACCACCAGCACUACAGCUACAGCCCACUGGAGAGGUCCUUGUCUCCUCGCUCCAUCUCUCCUCCUCCCUCCCCGGAGAAGGAGUGCAGGGAGUGGCUGGGGGACCGCUCUCCAGGAGGUUCCUCCCCUAGUUCCACCAUCCAGACCAGCAGGACACACAGCACACACACACCACCAACACCAAACACACCAAACACACCACACACACCAAACACACCAAACACACACUCCUCUGGUACCAAGAGCACCAUGCAGCACUUCCACAGGCCUGAAAAUGGCUCCAACAUCUAUAAGAAGCCUCCCAUCUACAAACAAGAUGCUUGUGUGUCCUCUCAGCUUCCUCAGGGGAAACACAUUGAGGAUCUGAUCAUCGAGUCUUCAAAGUUUCCAGCAGCUCAUCCUCCGGACCCCAACCUGCCCUCCAAGAUAGAGACCGAAUACUGGCCCUGCCCCCCCUCCCUGGCUGUGAUUGAGAAGGAGUGGAGGAAGAAGGAUCGGAGAGAUGAAGAUGUGGAGGAGGAUGGAGAGCUGGAUGAUGAGCUGUGGGGACUGAGGGCGCUUCAGAAACAAGAACUUAACAAGAUCCAGUCUAAUCUGGGGAAAAUCAUCCUUAAGGAGGAGUUGGAUAAAUCUGCAGCUCCUCUGAGGAGGAAAACUCGCUCACUACCUGACCCACAUCAGCACACUGGGUCCAACGUCUCCAGGUCUGUGUAUUUCCCAGCAUCUUCUAAGAGCGGCCUGUCCAGGGUGAGUGCUGCUGAACAGAAACGGCCAAUCACAGCAGAGUUUACAGAAGAUGGUGAGGAACAUGUUUCUGUUUGUUUUCAGCUGCAGUCAGCAGAGUUCAGCUCAUCUGAGAAAACUCCUGCAGAUAUUCAGAACGGAGACUCCAGGAUGGACAGAGGAAACUCUCUCCCCAGUAUGCUGGAACAUAAGAUAUGCCCUUAUGAGAUGCUGGUGGUGACCCAUAGAGGGCGACACAAAUUUCCCCCUGGUGUGGACAGAACCAGGCUGGAGAGACACCUCUCGCAGGAGGAGUUCUUCAGUGUUUUCGGGAUGUCCAUCGAGGAGUUUGACCGCCUCUCUCUCUGGAAGAGGAACAACCUGAAGAGGAAAGUCUGUCUCUUCUGACACUGCUGAGACCGCAUCUCUCACAAUCCCCCAUGCUCUUCCUGGAUCACCACAGGGUCCUGAAACCACACAGACUCAUUAUUAUCAGCACCACCACCACCACCACCACCAUCAUCAUCACAGUCUGGCGCUCAGUGAGACGUCAGGUUUGAUUCACAGUGAAGGUUUGAAUGAAAGCACAGAGUGGUUUUAGAUUCCUGCUUCACACAUGAACUCCGCCUGCAGAGCUGCAGAACUUAAUAAGCUUCAGUUUCUAGAUGUCUGUGUAAAUGUGUUAAUAACAAAACUACAGAGUGAGCACAAAGAAUCAACCUGCAGGUCAAGAUGUGGAGCACAGAGCAGGUUUAGGUAAAAAACUCCACCUGAGAGCAAAGCAAACUCCAGUGGGUUUAAACUGGGAGUGAGGAGCCCGGUCACACCAGCAUUUUUAACAGCAGACGUUUGAGCUAAAUUCAUUUAAUUUCGGAGAAAUCGCUGCAAUCAGUAGAUUCUUUUCUGAAGGCAAAUUAAAUCUGUGAUCGUUUGCAUAAAGUUCAAGCUUGGGCAACUUUAACAAGCAAAUUUGCUUUGAAACUAUAUGACAGUCCAGAGGAUA